CAGAGGGUCCUCGCGGAUUUGUCUUCUUCUUUCGUUGGAGGGUUUUGACCUUUCUCUGUGUGAGAAACUGGAUGAGAGCAACUCCAGAAACAAAGUUUUGGAACUAACAUCCAGUCGUUCUCGUUAGUAAUUCCUUCGAUUCGUCACAAUGAGGGCACUGCACAGCCAAAGAAAAGAAGCAGAUAUGGUCAAGAAAAAGUUUCUCAGCUUGAGAACUGGAAUGCUAUUCAUGAUGGAAUGUUCACUAGUUUCCAAGAGUCGCUUGUUCCUGGUAUGAACUGUGGAGCGUGCAGUGUUCGAUUGUUAUCCGUGUAUCGAUGUGAUGACUGUUAUGUUGGCUUCUUUCUUUGCGGCAGCUGUGUUGAAGAAGUGCAUAAACACACAUUGUUUCACCAACGAUACAAAUGGCAGGCUCGAACUUGGAAUUCAUUUGUACCCAGGGGUAGUUGUGAAAAAGUUGUCCGGAGACAUACCCAUUCCUGCUCUACAGCAUUUAUACGGCCCCUGGUCGUUGUUGAUGAUAAAGGACGAUAUCAUCGAUUGAAUUUCCGGUUUUGCCUCUGUGAACCAGUCUGUUACCCUGAUACGUCAUCACCUGUGGCCUUCGUCUCCAAAGAAACCAUGCAUGUGUUUUCAUUUCCACUUCAUGGAUUUGCGGCGGGUAAUAUAUCUUCAAGGAACAAUUCCUGUCAUGGACUUCUGUGAAGCGUUCAAGCACUUAUACAGUCCUUAUGUUCAUUUUGAAGACCCGGCAAUCCAGAAUAUCUACAGAGUCCUGAUAAAUGAAAGCUUCGAGGAAUACAGGGCUUUCAUAUACCAGUGUGACUAUCUCCGUGAUGUCUGCCCUGAUUUUGGUGAUGGAACAGUAUGUCCUGCUUGUCCAAUGGAAGAUGAUUAUCCAGUGAUAAUUUCAAUGGAUGGUAACUUUGGGCUUGUGCGGAAAAAGUCGUCUGGUGUCAGUUUUUCCGAGCCGAAGCAUGCGGGUCACUUCUUUUCUAAUCAGAGUGAGGUUGAUGAGUUUGUUCAAAAACAUAACGGAAGCAUGAAGAAAGCUGGCGACGCUUGCAGCAAUUUCAAGGGUGGAAAUACUUUGAGGACAAAUAGUCGAUACGAAAAAUUGGAUGAGACAGCAGUUUUUGGUUCGGCAUGUCGUCAUCGUUCAGAUUCUGGUAGUCUUUUAGAUAGGUUGAAGCUGGCAAUUCUUAUAUUUCACUGCUAUGGCCACAAGUUACCUUGUAAGGUUAGGUACAGUCCUCGGCGAGUUGUUGGUGUUGGGUUAACAGACGGUGAGACACUGGAAUGUCUGUGGUCCUUUUUGCGGAGUUUCUCAAAGAUAACGAAAGAAAUGACCCCCAGUCACAGGAUAGAUGUUCUUAAUGAUGCUAUGAUCUAUUACACAAACAAGAAGGUCUCAAAGAUCGGUCCGUAUCUGGCGUCAAAGCUGACGAAAGCUGAGGAUGUAAUGUCAACAACAAAAAAGGAAUUGAAAGCUCUCCUUGAAGUGUCAGAAAGUCAGGUAGAACUCUGGCUUGCAGAGGCACAGAUUCCUGCUAGUUGUCAGCGACUGAGACGAGAUCUGUCCAGCAAGGCCAGUAUCUUACAUUCUGUCAACAAACACAGUGUUGAGAGGGCUGCAUCUCGAAAUGGUAAAGAAAUAAUUAUGCCGAUGGCCAGGCUAUUGCAAUUAAACUGCAGAAAAACAUCAACAGAACCAAUCGGCAUAUUAAGAAGAUGUUGGAAAUCUUCAACACAAAGGACAUGGAUGAGAGUUUACCAGAGUCACUUGUUUACGAAGAUGCGUUGAAGGGACAUUACUUAGGCAGGAAGAAGCACCAAUUGUAGGUCCUAAUGAUAGUGUGCCAUUCUACCUUAAAGAACAAGCUGUUGACUUGUUUUGCCACCACUCCCGAGUUUUUGAGGAAUGGUGCUUGUUGUUGGAGAAGAUGGUCAAUGUUGACCGCGUCUUUCGGAAGCAACAACAAGUUUUGUUGGCCUGUGCAACAUCGGACUAUCUCUCACAGGGCCAGAUGGAAAUGGUAGUUGCUAAGGCAAUUUCUAAAGAAGAACUUCACAAUGAAUUCUAUGAGGCAUGCAAGGGCAAUGUGGAAUUGCCAUUUCCUGGGCAGACAUUUAUUGCAUCUGUCAUUAACAAUCAUCAAAGCAUCACCACUAGUGAACUUGGCCUUCCUGAGGAAGAGGUCAGUGACUUCCUUGAAAGGGUGCAGUGUUUGGGGGAAGAGCAGGAGCAGCAUGGUGAUGAUGGGGACGAUCAUGAGAUAGAAGAGGGAUUAACUGCAGUUCAGGAGAGUGAUUAUUUGGAUCUGAUUGAUUGUAGCUACAAUUUUUGAGGUCUUCAUGUUUAAGGGUCGGUCCCUCCCUUCUCCUGGGACAGAAAAGAAAAAGAGGUUACGAAAGAACAAACAGAUGAGAAAAAAGGCUCAAUUAGUUGAAGAUCAAGUUGCUAGCUGUUCUUUUCAAGAUGGCAGCCUUCUGGACAAUGAAAGUACUCAGAAACCUACUGCACCUGUUGCUGAUUCUUCUCAUCAGGAUGACUGCAGAAAAAAGAUACUGAAACACAGGAACAGUUAAAUGAAGCUGUAGUGUCAACAAGUUCACCAAAUAAGAGUCAUUGUGCUGCUAGCGCAUAUACACAAGCAUGGAUAUCAAAAUUUGCCUCACACGGUGCGCCUACUGGUAGUUCAACUCUUACAAAAGAAGCCAUAACUGUUCAAAGAAGGAAGUUAUGUCUGCAAAGUUCCACAGAGAGAAGGUCACCAGAAAAAUGUCCGUCACAAGAAAGUUCCAAAUUAAGACAACUGAGAAGUGACUACGAAAAGCUUGAAGACAAGUGUGACAGGCUAAAAGAUGAACUUGUGUAGACAGACAGGCGCUAUAAAUACUUAUAUGAACAGUACAACAACGUGCAAUUCAUGGCCUCAGUGCGGAAUGAACGACACAAAAUUUGUACCCACUUUCGAAUGGCGGAGCAAGUGUCGUCAUAUGCUGCCAAGCAGGUUGAAGAGAGUGUUUUUAGCAACGUCUUUUUCAAUUCAGACUGUGACAUAGACAACGUCAUUGUUCCUAUCAUCAAUGUAAAGCUGAUGAAAGUAUUAAAAGUUGGAGACACUUGCCAAAUAUACAAAGCCGCCUGCCACACUGUCAAUAGGUUCGCUGCUAAGCAAUACAGUGAUGAGAACUAUGCAUCCGUUGUCAACCGAGAGUUUCGGGUGCUGUCCUGUAUCAAUGCCAC